CAAGACCCUUUGGUGGUGUGCGUUGGCGCACCAUGGCCCAGACCCUCCAGAUGGCGAUCCCAAACUUUGGCAACAAUGUUUUGGAGUGUCUGAAUGAGCAGCGGCUGCAGGGCCUCUACUGCGACGUCUCCGUGGUGGUCAAGGGCCAUGCCUUCAAGGCCCAUCGGGCUGUGCUGGCUGCUAGCAGUUCUUAUUUCCGAGACCUUUUCAGCAGCAAUAGCGGAGGUGGUAGCAGCAACGAGACGAGCCCAACCAUAGUGGAGCUCCCAUCGGCAGUGCAGCCCCAGAGCUUCCAACAGAUUUUGGCUUUUUGCUACACAGGCCGUCUCAGCAUGACGGUGGGGGACCAGUUUCUCCUCAUGUACACUGCCGGCUUCCUGCAGAUCCAACAGAUCAUGGAAAAAGGCACGGAAUUCUUCCUCAAGGUCUCCUCCCCCAGCUGCGACUCCCAGGGCCUUCAUGGUGAGGAGGCCCCACCCUCUGAGCCCCAGAGCCCUGUAACGCAAACCAGUAACGGUGCAGCCCGGCCGACAUCCUGCCUGACGCCGCUCUCUCUGGUAUCACGAGUGAAGACAGAGCAGCCAGCUAGCCAGCCGGAAGCCGCCACGCCUUACUCAGUGGUCUGCACGCCUGUAGCCAAGCGGCUGUGGGAGGGUGGCAGCAGCCGAGAUGGAGGUGGGGUAGGCUCAGGAGGAGGAGGCGGGGCCAGAAAGGCAGCCCGUUAUUCCCAGGAGGCGGUGCGGGGCAGUGCGAUUCAGAGCCCCGGGGCCCUCGGACUGGCCAUGGGCAUGGGCGCCACCGCAACCAGCCUGGCGGGCAUGGUGGCCAGUGGCGGGCCCGCUCCAGGGACGGCACCAACGGGAGCCUCUGCGGCAGGUCUCGGCAUGUCAGAGGGCGCCAGCCCCGGCACCCUGAGUACGUACGCCAGUACUCACCACCCAUUCAGCUACCAUGAUGAUGAAGAAGAGGAAGAGGGAACAGAUGAAAGUGCUGAAGAGCAAUAUAGGCAAAUCUGCAACAUGUAUACCAUGUACAGCAUGCUCAACAUGGGAGCUGCAGCUGCUGGCGAGCGCGUUGAGGCUCUACCGGACCACACAGAGACACGGGGUCGGAUGCGAGGCAGAGACCUGACGUGUCUCCCCGCAGAACUCAUCGCUCAGAUAGGCAACCGCUGUCAUCCCAAACUGUACGAGGAAGGCGACCCAGCUGAGAAACUAGAGUUAGUCUCAGGUACUUCUGUGUAUAUAUCGCGAGCCCAGCUAAUGAACUGUCAUGUGAGCGCAGGGACCAGACACAAGGUGCUGCUAAGGAGGCUGCUGGCUGCCUUCUUUGACAGGAAUACUCUGGCCAACAGCUGUGGAACAGGCAUCCGCUCGUCCACCAAUGACCCGAGCCGCAAGCCCCUGGACAACAGAGUCCUGCAUGCGGUCAAAUUUUAUUGCCAGAACUUUGCCACCAGCUUCAAAGAGAGCGAGAUGAACGCCAUCGCCGCCGACAUGUGCACCAACGCCCGACGCGUCGUCCGCAAGAGCUGGAUCCCCAAGCUGAAGCUACUGAUGGCCGAGAGCGACGCCUACACCGCCUUCCUCCCCGACGGCGUAAAGAUGGAGGACGACACCCUGGGGCCGGACCCCGCCUUCGACCCCGCCUCUCUGGAGGCCGCCGGCGCCGCUGGCAUUGAGUCGGGCGGCUCGUCAGGUGAAUCGCUACAGGGCGUGGGCGGGGAUGGAGGACCGUUAUUUUGAACAUUGUGUCGGGGGGGGGGAGGUUGAAAUUUGGUGACACGCAUACCAGUAUUCCCCAGUUCUGCUUGCCUCCUCACUCUUUGGCCCACGCUGAUCUCUCACUUCUGACUGUCUAUACUACACUGCUAGGGUCAACAGCUGUUGUUACCCUGAUGUAACCAGGACAUGAAAACUUACAUUUCUGCUUUAUGACUGUACAAUGGAGUUAGUUGAGGAAAAGGGAGAGAGUGAGAGGAUGUUUUCUCCUAACUGCCCUCUGCCUCCCCUUGUCUUUUAAGGUGUGUAAGCGCGUCCACUGUUGCAUAUUAAAUACAUUCCCUUAAACGCUGGUGGUGGGGGGGGGGCUCCUGAGGAGGAAGGGAUGUGCUGGAUGGACAGGCUCGGAGUAGGAAGUGUGGAGUAUAUUGAAUGUAAGUGUCAGUGGCAUUUUUGUCUAUGCAAGCCUGACAACUUGUAUUCCAGCCCUGGAAAAAGGAACUAAAUUUAAAAUAGAUCCGAUAAUAAAAAUGAGUUGACACUACCUGUUCUUCCUCCCCCUUGCACCUUCCACUCAUCACCCUGCAAGUAUUCGUCACCCCUCGCCACCUUUUUUUAAAACAGAGAAUCUCACCCGAGUGUUUCACUGUGCAGUGUCUUAUAGAGAUCUAGCUCAUCUCAUCCGUUUUCUAAACCUUUAGCACGUUUCUCCGUCUACAAGCUGAAAAGUGAUCCAGAGAGAAGGGGUAAGGUUUUUUUUACUGAAAAGAUUGUAAAGAAAAUUUAAUGGCAACAGGUAAUCAAAGAUGGUCUUAUUUUUAGAGGAUAAACUAUAUUUAUACAAGUGCCCAUGCCUAGAACGGUGUGAGCAAAGAGAGAGAAAGGGAUUGUUUUAAAAUCUCGAUCUUCAUGUUUUAUUGAAAGAGGUCUUGUCAAAUAAGGAAAAGUGCUAUUUUUGCAGAAAAAGAGGAGUAUAAUAAAUCACUCAUAUCAUAGGACCCGUAGUCAUUUAUUUUUAUCUUUAUUUGACGGUGCAGAGUGAUGGAAUGAGCAGUUGAACUGCUACAUCUGAAGCAUUUCAUCUUCUGUUCACGAGCUUAAAAGGAAUAAGACUGAUUCAGCUGGCUUGACAGUUGUCUACGAUAACCAUUUCUUGUUAGGUUGUGAACCUGCAAACGUUUGCCUCCUCGCAUAAAACAUUGGCCCAUAAUUUUGAAGAUGACUUGUAGAAACAUUAGGGUUAUAUUGAUGUGACAACUCAGCUACUUUCUUCCUUCUACUGAAAAAAAAAACUGCUGACAUGUUUGUGCGAAUGCAAAAGUCAUAGGAAAUAAUUACGUAGACUAUUGGAACGUGCCUUUUUAAUUGAAACCAAUAAGCAGAAGCCUGAUGGGUACGGUGACGUCAUGAGGAGGCAAUAGCAAAAAUAGUUUUUAUGGUACUAUCCGUGUGUGUGAAGCAGUUCUUCGGUGAAGAAGAGAGUCUGUAUGGUGUGGCUGUGUCUUAUGGUAUGUAGUUUAUUCAUGUAUCGAAUGCACCACCUCUUUAAUUUUGCACCUUCCAUGAGAGGUAGAGUGGAGGUUUCUGCACCUUAAUGAGAAGAACCAGUGGUUCAUGCACCUUUUUUUUUUUGAGAAAUGUUGUGUAGCAACUGAACCCCUGUAGGUGGAAUUUGUCUUUUUUUUUUUUUUUCAUGUCUGCAUGUGUUUCUUGUUAAAAAGUGGCAAAAA